GCGCGCAUAAACGCGCCCUCGUGCGAUGAUGUCAUCGCGCGGUUUGUUUGUCAUGACGUCACGCAGGUGCUUCGUGGGAUGACGUCACGGGCCGUACAUCGCCGUGAUUGUUGAUUGUUUAUAAUCUUUGGGUCUAUUCGGUAAAGGCUCGCGAGCCGGGGUGGGGGGCGUCUCGGGCAUCGCCGUGGGGAGUUAAAAACAACACACACACAGUGACACACACACAGUGAUACACAGUGACACACAACUACACACACACAGUGACACACACACAGUGACACACAAUUACACACACAGAGUGCGCGGGUAGCGGCCUCAGCAGCCCUCUGAUGAGGCGGCAGCGGCGGCCUCAGCAGUGGCGGCAGCCCCCUGGUGAGGCGGCACCUGGUGAGGCGGCCCUCUGGUGAGGCGGCCUCUGGUGAGGCGGCCCUCUGGUGAGGCGGCCUCUGGUGAGGCGGCCCUCUGGUGAGGCGGCCCUCUGGUGAGGCGGCCCCUGGUGAGGCGGCCCUCUGGUGAGGCGGCCCCUGGUGAGGCGGCCCUCUGGUGAGGCGGCCCCUGGUGAGGCGGCCUCUGCAACAACAGCAGCAGCUUUGAGCAGCAGGACUGAAAACGUGAAGACGAUUGCAGCGGACGCAGCAACAGCGGUGGAAUUGAAGACAGCAUCAGCAGCAAUAGCAUCAACUUUGGCAACAGCAGCAGCAUCAGUUGCAAUGAUCAUCAGCAUCACCACACACACAGCAGCAGCAAUGCAUCACCAAUAGCAUCAGCGGCAUCACCAUCGGCAUCACCAUCGGCAUCACCAUCGGCAUCACCAUCGGCAUCACCACACACACAGCAGCAGCAAUGCAUCACCAAUAGCAUCAUCACCAUCGGCAUCACCACACACACAGCAGCAGCAAUGCAUCACCAAUAGCAUCAUCACCAUCGGCAUCACCAUCGGCAUCACCACACACACAGCAGCAGCAGCAGCGGAAGCUCUAUAUCACAAAAUCAUUCCUGGCCCCACCAAAUUCCACCACCACCAUUGCCGCCACCGGCCAAACACACUAGCGCCAGCGCAAUGACUCACCUCGCAUGAUGGACACCACCGCAGCCAUGCCUGCAGAAGAUGGCGGUGGCGGCGCUGGCGGCAGCAGCGGCAGCAACAACAACAGCAGUGUCGCCCUACGCAUUGGCACGAGUGUCAGAGCGGGCCAGGAUCCCGGUUGCACCGCCACCGCGGCGGUGAGCGCCACCGCUCCGUCCUCCCCGGGGCCGCCCUCGCGCUCGCUCCUGGUGUUCGCCACGGGCUGGGCCCUGCUGGCCGCGGGGCUCUCCCUGCCGCUGCUGCUGCCGGCGCUGCUGCCGGGGCUGCGGGCGCUGCUGCUGGCGCUGCUGUGGGGCGUCUGCUUCGCGCUCGGGGUGGUGGACGCGCUGAGGGCCGGCGCCGCCGCCGCCGAGCCCGGCCCGCGCUUCCGCCAGCGGCGACUGUGGAGGCGCCGGCGGCUCCAGCGGCGGUCGCUCGCCCACGAGCGCCUGGAGGAGCUCUCGAGGGCGAUAAUGGCGAUCCCGUCGCAGUGCUCGCAGAACAGACGGAUCCACUUGUCUCACACCAUGGACAAGGCGCUCAAGGAAGUGUGGGAGUACGUGCUGCGGGACUUUGUGCUCUCGUGGUACGCGCCCCUGAGCCUGGACCAGGCGACGCUGCAGGCCCUGCUCACCGAGGACCUGUGGGCGGCCGUGCGGGAGGCCCGCUCGCGGCUGGGCCGCGUGGACGCGCCGCGGCUCGUCGCCCGGGACCUGGCGCGCGCCCUCACCGCGCACUUUGCCGCGCUGCGCGUCGCCAGCGACAGGUGGGAGGCGGAGCGCCUCCCCUUCCCGCUGCACCCGUGCCUGCGCAGCUCGCAGGCGGAGCUGCAGUUUGUGCGCGCGUGCACGCGGGCGCUGCUGCUGGCGCUGCUGCCGCGGCGCGACGCUCGCUCCCUGGGCCUCGUCGUCGUCCUCACGGAGGUGUUCGCCGUGAGAGUGCUGAAGCCGCUGGUGGAGCUGCUGAGUGACCCGGACUUCGUGAACCGCUCGCUCCUCGCCGAGCUGGAGCGUCGCGGCGGCGGCGGCGGCGCGGGGGGCAAGCACGCCCGCUCCUACGCCUACGCGCCCAGCUACGAGGACUUCGUCAAACUCAUCCACGGCAGCAGCGACAUCGACUUCCUCAUGCAGCUCAGGUACCAGAUCAUGGUGGAGAUCAUUCAGGCCACCACGCUCAGCCACUUCCCGCAAGUCAAGAACGUGAGCAGGGAGGCCGGCAAGGGGGAGCUGCUGCGUUCGCGCAACGUGAAGCGCUACCUGAACCAGCUGACGGUGGCGCGAGCGCAGUGCGACAAGCGCAUCGCACUGCUGGGCGGGGGGGCCUGGCCCCCGCGGGGAGGGGGCGCUGCCGUCCCCGACGGGGAGAGGGGGGGGCCGCCUGCCACCACCCCGCACCGCCGCCUGCUGCAGUUCGAGGAGGUGCUCGCCAGCGCGUCCGCGCGCCAGUGCUUCGGCCGCUACCUGGAGCGCUGGGACAAGCGCACGCUGCUGGACUACUGGGAGGCGGUGGAGCACCUCAAGCAAGCGCCCAAGACCGACACGGCUCAGAUCGUGGGCGAGAUUUACCAGGACUUCUUCGUGGACAGCCGGCGCGCCAUCGCGGUCGACCGCGCCAGCUACCGCGCAGUGCAGGAGUGCAUCUCGGGCGAGCGCGGCCCCGAGGUGCUGCACGGCAUCCAGGCGGGCGUGGCCUCCUCCCUGCGGGACAAGUACUACCCCUCGUUCCUCGUGAGCCGGGCCUACGAUGCGUGGCUGGCGGGCAGCGCCGGCGAGGACGACGCGGACGCUGGCACGCCGCCCGCCGCCGACGGGCCCGAGGGGCGCCGCCCUGCCGUCGUGCGGGGCUCCGGGGCGGCCGAUGGGGAGCAGCAGCGCCAGGAGGUGGAGGAGGAAGAGGAAGAUGACGAAGAGGAGGAGGAAGAGGAAGAUGUGGUGGUGGUGGAGGAGGAAGUGGUGGAGGAGGAAGAGGACGACGAGGAGGAGGAGGAGGAUGAGAUGGAAGAAGACGACGGCGAGGAGAGAGACGAGGAUGGAAGCGCUUGCACUCACGCCGAGGAGGGUGGCGGCCGCGGUGGCCUUGGCGGGGCCGGGGGCGGGGCCGGGGGCGGGGGCAGCCCCCCCUGCGAGCAGACGGACGCCGCCGUCUCCAAGCUGCAGCAGCUGAGCGAGAAGCUGGAGUACAAGCGGCAGGCGCUGGCGUCCAUCCUCACCGCCCCCAAGCCGGACCGCAAGAUGGUGGGCAAGCUGGAGAGUGACAUCGCGGCGCUGAGGAAGGAGUGCCAGGAGCUGGACUUCCACAUCGAGCGCACGGACACUUGGUGGGAGAAGAUCGGCCAGUGGACGGCCACCAUCUCCCACUGCGAGGCGGAGGAGGAGGGCGGCGAGCAGGUGCCGUGCUACGUGAUCAUGGUGCAGCUGGGCCGUGCCGAGCGCCCCUCGGCCUCCUCCAUGGGCUGGGUGGUGUCCCGCACCCUCGCCGACUUCCACCGGCUGCACCGCCGCCUCUGCGAGUGCUGCCCUGCACUGAAGAAAAUGCCUCUGCCCACCCUGAGUAAGAUCCCCUUCAAAUCCAUCGACCAGAAGUUCCUCGAGAAGUCAAAGAACCAGCUCAACCUCUUCCUGGAGAAGCUCCUCUUCGACGACAAGCUGUGUCAGAGCGAGGCGCUGUACGCCUUCCUCUCGCCCUCGCCCGACUACCUCAAGACCACGGGCAGCUGCAAGAAGAGCUCCGGCUUCUCGCUGGCCAACCUCCUGGAGCGCCUCCCGGGAGACCUUCUCACCCACAAGGACGACGAGGACGAGAGCGACAGCGACCUCUCCGACUCCGAGGUGGACGGGUUGCUGAGCCGGCGCGACUCCAUCGCCGAGCCCUGCUUCCUGCUCCUCGGGGAGAUCUUCGAGCUGCGCGGAAUGUUUAAGUGGGUGCGGAAGACGCUCAUGGGCUUCGUGCAGAUCACUUUUGGGAGAACCAUCAACAGGCAGAUCGGCGAGAGCAUCGAGUUUGUGUUCAGCGAGACGAUGGUGGCGUCCUACGUGAACGCGCUGCGUGAGGCCUACUGGCCCAACGGGCGCCUGGCCGCGGCUGGGCCCGCGCGCACGCCCGCGCACGCCCGCGAGGCCCGGGUGGCCGCCCGCCAGCGGCUCCUCGAGAACAUCCCAGACAUCCUGCAGGGCCUGGUGGGAGCGGAGAACGCCCGGCACGGAACCCUAAAGGUGCUCUCCGGCCUCCAGGAGAACCGCGCCAACAAGCACCUCAUUUACGUGCUGCUGCAGAUGUUCCUGCUGGAGCUGUGCCCGGAGCUCAAGGAGCUGGUGGAGCGUCCACGCGACCACUCGGCCGCCGCCGCCGCCGCCACCGCCACAGCCGGCAACGUCGUCACCACCACCGUCGACACGGACGACAACCUGGACUAAGCUCGCCCGCUCGUACCGUGAACUCGCCCCCCGCUCGCCCCCUCCCUGCCUCUCGCCGCCCACGCGGUGCGGAGCCAUUGGCUCGAUGCGACCGCACCUCCAGGAGCGAGUGGAGCGGGUGGACGUAGACAAACGAUGGAGGUGCAACAAAGAUCUUGAGAAUAAAUAUAGAGACAAGAUAGAGAGACAGAGAUGGAGUGAUGUAGACACAGAGAUGGAGUGAUGUAGACACAGAGAUGGAGUGAUGUAGA